AGGCAAAUCAUCCGUGUUCAGUUUCAGUCCAAUGUUUAUGCUUCCUCCUACUUCACAAUCAUUCGGGCCGGGCCCUUCGGCUUUUAUCCUUCGCAAGAAUCCUCCGACUUCCUCGCCGUUAUUUCUCCGCAAACUUGCUUAGCCCUUCCCUAUUCCGCUGUUUCAAGUUGGUACGCAGGAUUGAAGCUUUCCUUUCCUUAGACCUCGUUCUUAGGUAUUGUUGGCAAUGUUUCACAUUGAAGGCUGACACAAAAACCUGGAAGAUUCGAGCGGAUCUUCGCAGUUCCUUUAGUUUCUCCAACUGCGCAUUGUUUGAUUUGUGAUGGGUUGGAGAUACAAGGCUGGAUUAUUUCUUAUAGCGGGUGUUGUCAUUAUAUGGGUCACCUCAGCCGAAGUCACGCAGGAUAUUUUCACGGAUUAUAAGCAGCCAUUUGCAGUGACAUACCUUGGAGCUUCACUUAUGGUAGUUUUCCUCCCAGUAGCAUUCAUUAAGGACUGGUUGUGUAACUUACUUAGCCACUCUUGUAAAAGUGGUAUAAAUGCAGAAACCGUGGAUAAGUCUUCUUCCAGAAGUAGCUCUCCUCUCAAGGAAAGUGGAAUGCAGAAAGACUGUGAACUGGAACUGAGCAGUGUGAAUCAAAAAGAUAGUGAUUUAGACCUCUCAAAUCUUGCGGAAGGAGAGCCAUUGGUGGCUAAAAAUGGUGAUGCUAACGUGCUAAAUUUAGAGAAAGAACUUACGACUAGGGAGGUUGCUUUGUAUGGGUUUUCCAUUGCACCUCUCUGGUUUAUUACUGAGUAUCUAUCAAAUGCUGCCCUUGCACGCACUAGCGUGGCUAGUACAACAGUAUUAUCAUCUACUUCUGGACUUUUUACUCUUUUCAUUGGUGUAAGUAUGGGCCAAGAUUCUUUAAAUGUGGCAAAAGUGGUUUCCGUCUUUGUCAGCAUGGCUGGUGUUGCCAUGACAACGAUGGGGAAAACCUGGGCUACAGAUGAGUCACAAUCGAGUGCUGAUAAUGGAAAACGCUCUCUUGUUGGGGAUCUUUUUGGCCUUCUGUCGGCCAUGACUUAUGGUCUCUUUACAGUUCUUCUUAAAAAAAUUUCCGGUGAAGAAGGAGAAAGGGUAGACGUGCAAAAGCUGUUUGGAUAUAUUGGUUUGUUUACACUAGUAGCGCUAUGGUGGCUUGUUUGGCCCUUGAUGGCCAUAGGAAUUGAACCCGAGUUUAAGAUUCCACACUCUGCUAUGAUGGAUGAAGUGGUUCUUGCCAAUGGAUUUAUUGGUAGCGUCCUGUCAGAUUACAUGUGGGCAGUCUCUGUUGUAUGGACAACUCCCCUUGUGGCCACUUUGGGCAUGUCACUUACUAUUCCUCUUGCUAUGUUGGCAGACAUGGUGAUCCAUGGUAGGCAUUAUUCGGCAAUAUACAUUCUUGGCUCGGGUCAGGUGUUUGCAGGCUUUGUCAUAGCUAAUAUGGCAGACUGGUGCACGAGCAAGUUGGGAGUAUAACAUCUAGUGAUGGUGCUUAAUAUGGCCAAAAUGGAUCCUUCCUUGAGGUGGUUCUCCUUCCAUUAUUUAUAUUGGGGUGCUAUUCCUUGAUCUGCAUGUUGAAAACCAACGCCGUGUGCCUCUUUUUUGGGGCAUUUCCACGGGAUGAACUGAUUCUAGAGUGAAGAGUGUGACUAGUGAGGUACUUUCAUGUACAUGAUUCUUGGGCGAGGUCUUUUUCUGUAAUCACGAUCAGGUUGAACUUUUAGCCGGUGAAUGUAUAUAGUAAUUUUUUAGUCUAGUGGAAUAGAUUCGUCAAUGUUUAGUUGUCUCUUCCACCAAAAGAGGUCUCGGCCAAUCAACCAGCCAGACCAACUGCUACAAUGUGAAUCAAAUUUUGCUUUCCCCCCUUAAA